CAUUCCGAAUCUCUUCGAAUCAACUUGGCGCUGAACUUAGUCGUAUCAAAAUUCUGUUAAAGUUUCAGUGAGUCUCGAGCGAGAUUCACCAAUUAAUUAUUGUAUUCAAACAUUUUGCCUGAUUUUGAAAUAGAACUGAAACUGAUCGUGAUCAAAACCAAUUAGAGUGCUUGUGUGUGUGUGUGUGUGUGUUUAUAUAUCUAACGAGACUCAAGAACAGCAACAGCAGAGAGAAAGAGAGCGACACCGAGGCAGAGAGAGAGAGAGAGAGAAAGAGGGCGAGAGAUCGAUUUAUAAAUUUAUGGAGUUUGCAUUAUUCUAACAUCACUUUUUAAUGAUUAACUAUUCCAAAAUUUUAAGUAUACAAGCGACCAGCGAUUGACUAUUUUAUUUGAAAUUACAAAAAUAAAGAAAGCAGCAACUUUGACAGCGUCAUGAACAAUGAAUUUUCUCUGCUGAACGAGAUGCAGGAGAACUGUAAGCUAUAUGGAAUGGUUGAGGUGGACCAAUUGCGGUCCACGUGGAAGGCCCGAAAAUUCCCCAUCGAGGUGCCCGUUUCGAUAGUCCAGAGUGGCUUGCUGCCAUCGAUCUUCGACUGGCCACUGAUGGGCCAACUGAUGCCCAUGGAGCAGGCAAUGGGGGAGGCAAUGCUCCAGCAGCGUAUCAAUGAUCUGGAAUUGUUGAACAGUCUGACAACAUCGUUGCAGCGCAUCGAGAUUGUGCCGGAGCUGGGCAUCGAGGUGGAUGUGGUGCUGGGACGACCCAGCUAUAAUGUUCAGGUGCAGGAUAAUGGCAGCAUUGUGGUCAAGGAGCUGCCCAGUCUACACAUACAUAUAUACGCGGUGGAGACGCGAGCUGUCGCUGGACAGGAGUGCGAUCUAGAUAAUGACCAGGACAAUGAGCAGGACAAUGAAGAUGAGGAUGAAGUCGAUGGCGAUGGCGAUGCCGAUGCCGAGGAUGAAAUCUCGAAUAACAACAACACUGAUAAUCACAACACUGAUAAUAAGAACACCCCGAACAAAUCCAUGCAGCUGACAUUGUACAAAAAGGACUCACAAGAGUCCUUGGACUAUAUGCAGUCAUAUGAGGAGUGCGGCAAUCUAACGGAUCCCGAUGAGCCCACCGAUUUCCUAACCGAAUCCGAUGAUCAAGCCGAUAUCAAACUACGUCGUCGCAUGUCCUUCUGGAUGCGUUUCGGCAAUUGGUUGCGACAGAGUAUGCCACGCCUUAACUAACUAUUGAUAACACCCCCUACUCCCCACCCUUCAACCCUUUCUGAUAUAUCAUUUUAGUUACCCUCCAUCCAACCAUCUUUCCCUUGCAGUUUUGAGCAUGAAUCCCACAUUAUUAAUCUCAAUAAUCACAAUUUCUGUAUUUUGCACAAUUGGUUCAUUGAAUAAAACGAAAAUUAUGAGCUUUAUCUCUACCCUUAA